GACCGUGCAUACCAACCGGAAGUACUCAAAACCACUUUCGAACACAAAAGUCGCUAUUCCAUCUUUGCCUCGGACAAUCACUCAAAUCCCAUUUCAAGUCCCUAACUCCACUCCACCUUCCUUUCCCAAUUCCCCAACUUUCCUUCCUUUCAAACCCCAAAUUUUCACCCCAAAAUUGUUCUCUAAUGCAAACCUUGGAUACCCUUUGAAGUCUUCUUCGAGAGUUUCUUGCUCUAAAGGUGAGUUCUUGGUUGAUUCCUGUUUUUCUUGUAUACAUGUGUAGCUAUAAUUGAUGGGAAAUUUUUGUACUUUGCAAGAUUUCUGAUGUGGGUUUUGUGAAAAUUUUGAUCUUUAUGGUGUUUGUAAGAAAUUUUUGGCUGUUGAAUGAGUAUUAGAGGCUUUGGGUUAUUUUUCAAUGAUGGCACCACCAACUUCUAGAAGAAAGAAAUGGACUGAGGCAGAAGAGAGGACUUUAAUAGAUAAGUAUGGUGAGAUGGUCUGUGAUGGAACUUUAGCUAAAAUGAAAACUAGGGAGAAAAAAUUUAAGCCUAUUGCCUUGUAUGUUAAUUCUGUACACCAUGUUAGGGACCCCGUUACAUACCCUUGGCAGUGGACUUGGAAAGAUGUGUCAGUAAAAGUGCAGAAUAUGAGGCAUCAGUAUGCUUUGGUUAAGCAGAAGAUUAAGAAAAUGGAGUCUGUUGGCGAUUCGGGUUGCGGGGAUGAGUUUGAUUGGAUGGAGGGGCUGACGUAUUGGUCGAAUUUUCUUAGCUAUAAGGAGGUUUUUGGUGACGUGUCAGUUGUACACAAUAGUUGCGAUUCAUUAGCGAUUGUCGGAGAUUGUAAUGAUAAUGAUGGGGGUUUUGAUGGUGGCGUUCAUGGGAUGGAUAUGACUCAGUUUGAUCAUCUGGGUCAUGUGGGUGAUGAUGAUUUUGCACCUGGUCUUGAUGGGGUCGAUAAUGGGAUUAUCAGUUUGGGGUUCCAUUAUGAGCGUGAGGAAGGAGAGGAGAAUUUUAAUGGAGGUAAUAAAAGUAAUAGUCAUGUAAAAGAGGAUGGGGAUGAUGGAUUCGUUUAUGAAGGCACUGAGCCUACUGGUUCUGAUACAAGGAAGAAGAGUAAGGUCUCAAAAGGGUUGGAAAAGAAGGCAUGGAGGUUUCUGGCAAACCAAUUGGGACAGCUAAGGGAAAUGGAAACCCAAUUUGAGCAGCGUGAAGCUGAUAGAGAACGGGAGAGGUUGAGGAGAGAACGCCUUCUCAUGGAAAUUGAGCAGGAACGAGACAUGAAAUGGCAAGAAAGAGAAAAGGAGAGGGAAGAAAGGGAAAUAUCUAGGGAGAAGCUGAGAAAACAGAGGAUUCUUGAAUGGGAGACCAUGGAAAAGGAAAUUGAAGACCGGGAAAGGAGAAGACGAGAUGAAGACUUAAUGUUUGAGAGGCAAUGGGAGGAAAGGAUGAAUAGGAGUAGAUUGGAAUGGGAGAAGAGGAUGGAUGACAUGUUAAGUCAGCACAGAGCACAAAUGAGCCAGAUACAGACUCGAUUAGUUCACGAACAACAGAGUCUCACUAGUCAGUUGCUUGGUAUUGUUUCACAGUGGACGGGUCAUCCAACUGGUCUCUCUGACCACACUGGUGCUAGUAGCCAUUAUCUUAAUCAGAUGAUACAAAAUCUUCACCAUGUAAAUGGUUUGGUGCAUGGUGAUGCAAGGGUUGAUGGUGAUAACCAAGAAGAUCAAUUUAUCGUGGAUGGCUGAUAGUAUCAUUGCUCCCUUUGAUAUAACACAAAAAUACAGAGUUGCAGAAUUGUAGAGCUGACUUUCAAUUGAUGCUUAAGGAUCUUUUCUGCUGGCUGUGCUGCUCUAGUCGAUUGCUUGCAUUUGGUUACCAUCCAAACCAUGAUUGUGCUUUGUUCAAACUAUCAAGAAACUGAAUAGGGAGGGAUAUCCGGGCCUUUGGUGCGACUAAUCCCCUGCGACUCGAGAGAAGAUGUCCAUUCCUCUCGAACACGUUAACCUGGGAUUCGAUUCUUGGUGGUCAUAUCCUAAAGAGGAGCAACACACCACACGAGCUACCCCGCAUUGGGUCACUAAUAUCUAUCUUGAUGUAUGAAAUUUUUAUUACCCAAAAAAAAAAACACACACACACACACUAGUAAUUUAAACCAGCAACAUGAAGAGAAAUUCCAUUUCUGCUCGUGUUGUUGGAAAGUCAAUGUCAUUGGGCUAUCCUCCAAAAGAAUAGGAUCAUUUAUAUUGUUCCUACAAUUGUCUCCUCUAGCAUAAUUUCCUCACUGUCCCAAAAUCACACAAUUGUUGUGUACUUUGCCUCUCUCUCAUAAGACCCUUUCUCCUCUUCUCUUAGCACACUAUAUAUUCACUGCAAGUAGAUACUUGUCCCAUAUCCUCUGUGUUUCUCUAUCUCUAUCUUAUUUCAGAGACGAGAGUCUUACAAAAGAAAGUUACUGACAUUAAAGGCCUUUCACGGAGAAAAUGGCAAGCCUAAAGGAAACAGGGAAUAUUGCAAAAUGUCUUGAAGAAAAAUUCCCCUCUGUGGAUAUCAACAAAGAACUAAAUCCUGGACAAGAUAGAAGUUUUGUAGUGGAUCCUAUAUCAUCUAAGAUAGCCAGUUCGACGGAGACAAAGUCCAAGGACCAAGGGGAAGGAAACAAGGGAAGUGACAAUAGGCCACAGAAGUUUGUGUAGGUUCUCCUUGAUUCAGAAGUGCAUGGCAUUUUGUGUAUCCUCCAUCCCGUGAAAGAUGACAAUUUCAUACAUGACCAUUUUUGGGUUACGAGGGACCUAGGUUUAGUGUUCUUGUUUUUUCUCGAGUGUAUACAUGGUAAGUCAUCAGUUCUACUAGGGCAAUUUCAUAACCUAAAAACUCUUUUGACAAGGGGCACAUUUUUUUUUCCCUCUCUUCAAAUUGUGUUAUUCAAUUCCUUGUGUUGU